GCAGCACUGAGGGUAUUAGUGGUCAAUUGUUGAAGAAUGCGUAUUCAGUAUUAUCGGUUGUGAAUUAAAUCUUUAAUAUAGGAUGUAAAGUUUAGUAUUAUUUAUGUUAAGUUUUUUUUUUUUGUUUUUAAAGUAAUGUUUAAUUUGAAGACUGUCCGUACGCCCAUUACAGUCAUAUAGAAAUUUUGCCAGUGAUUUGGUAGCACAAAAUAUUCAUAAAAAUGAAUAGAAUUUCGCGGGAUUUGCUGUGCACAACAGCACUUCUGUGUAUUUACCUAGCGACUUCUACGUCCAUAACUCAAUCUCCACCUAGAAUUGUUAAACAACCCGCUGUUGAUGAACUAUUGUUUCAAGUAGCUUCUCAACAAAAUGAAAAUGAUAAACCAUUCAUCAUUGAAUGUGAAGCAGAAGGCGAGCCUGCGCCAAAAUAUCGUUGGAUGAAGAACGGCAAAGACUAUAACUGGCAAACUUACGAUGACAGAAUAUCACAACAACCUGGCCGUGGUUCGCUGACCGUUACCAAGCCGAGAGAUGAAGAUCUCGGUCAAUAUCAAUGUUUUGCUGACAACCCUUGGGGUACCGCUACCUCAAAAUCUGUCAUGGUUGUGAAAGCUGAAUUGAACGCUUUUAAGGAUGAACCAGAGGCAUAUAUCGAAGCUCAGGAAGGUGAACCUUUUAAACUUGCAUGCCAUCCUCCUACUGGUUGGCCGAAACCAAAUGUGUACUGGUUAAUACAGAACACUGAUGGUGGUAUCAGAAGUAUAAACAACAGCCGAAUGACUUUAGAUCCUGAAGGUAAUAUGUGGUUUUCCAAUGUCACGCGAUUUGAUACGAGUGAUGGUUUUACUUAUUCCUGUGCAGCCACUUCAGUUUUUAGGAGUGAAUACAAAUUGGGCAACCCAGUGAAUUUGAAUGUUAUCCAAACAGCAGGUACUGCUUUACAAAACAAAUAUCCGCCUACACAACAAUAUGUUACCAGGAGAAAUGAAGUAGCUUUGUUGGGUAAAAAAGCGGAAUUGUUUUGUAUUUACGGUGGAACCCCUCUGCCUGAAACAAUUUGGCUUAAAGACGGAAAGCCUAUACAGCCUAAUGAAAGAGUUACUUCGGGAAAUUAUGGGAAAAGUUUGGUCAUUCGUAAAGUAAUGUUUGAAGACAAAGGAAAGUACACAUGUGAAGUCAGCAAUGGUGUUGGUUCACCUCAGUCGUAUAACAUUGAACUUGAAGUCAUGGCCAUACCUUUCUUUACUGUGACACCGGAGUUUGUGGAAGGAGCUGAAGGAGAAACUGCUGUAAUCAAGUGUGAAGCUAGUGGUAAUCCCGAACCGACAAUUAAAUGGAUCCAUAACGGUCGACCAUUAGCGGAAGCACCACCAAACUCAAGGCGAUUUGUUACGUCUAACACUAUUACAAUUACCCCACUAACUAAAAAUGACACUGGAAAUUAUGGUUGUAACGCUACCAACAGUCUUGGUUAUGUUUACAAAGACGUUUAUAUUAAUGUAUUAGCUUUGGCUCCUGAAAUCACUAUACCUCCGAAAAAUGUUGAAACUGUCGAUGGCCGUACAGUGACUAUUGGUUGUAAAAACUUUGGAGUACCCAAACCUCAUGUAAAAUGGACAAGAAACAACAUUGAGUUGACCGGUGGACGUUAUUCGACUUUGAGUGAUGGAGAUUUGCAAAUAAUUGAAGUUGGUUAUACUGACUCUGGGAACUACACGUGUAUUGCUACUAACAACUAUGGCUCUGUAAAUGCUUCUGGAUCCUUAACUGUUAAAGAACAUACCAAAAUUACGGCUGCUCCUGAAGAUUACGAAGUAGUGGCCGGAACGAUGGCUACUUUCCAUUGUACAGCUGUUGCUGAUCGGUCUUUGCAUUUGAACAUUGAAUGGUUAGCCAAAGACGAACCAAUUAACUUUGAUACAGAACCACGUUUUGUAAAAACUAACGACUAUUCAAUGACUAUAACAAAAACAAUAGAAUUGGAUUCUGGAAUCUACACUUGUCUUGCUAAAACCGAUCUAGACAAUGCCACCGCCAGCGCAAUGCUUAUUGUUCAAGACAAGCCAAAUGCGCCUCAGCUAUUAGGAAUUACUUGCAAUAAGAAAGAAGCAGCUGUAAGAUGGCAACCCAAAGGAGAUAACCGUGCCCCGAUAUUGCGUUAUACGAUUGAAUAUAAUACUAGUUUUGCUCCUGAUUCCUGGUCAGUUGCGUCAGACAAUGUACCAGCAUCAGAACAAACUUACCUAGUACCGAUGACUCCGUGGGCAAAUUUCACUUUCCGAGUAAUUGCAAUGAAUAAAAUAGGCCGAUCAACUCCGUCGUUACAUUCCAGUGUUUGUACCACUCAACCAGAUGUUCCUUAUAAAAACCCAGAAAAUGUUGAAGCCGCUGGUACCGAUCCUUAUAACCUAGUUAUUCGAUGGACUCCGAUGCCUAAAAUUGAACACAAUGCUCCGGGCUUGAGGUAUAGAGUAUAUUGGAAACAAGAUAUACCAGGCCAGGUGUGGAAUUCUGAAGAAAUAACAGAUUAUACUAGGAAGGAACUAGUGAUUAGUAAUCAACCUACUUAUCAGCGUUAUAAAGUAAAAGUUAUCGCAUCCAAUGAAAAGGGCGAAUCGAAUGUGCCUCAACAAGAAAUCAUUGGAUAUUCAGGCGAAGAUGUUCCUGUGGAAACGCCCCAAAAUUUUACUGUAGUAAAUGUGACCGGAAGUAGAAGUGCAAUACUGAGUUGGGAUCCUGUAUCACCUGAAUCUCUAAAAGGUUCUUUCAAAGGCUAUAAGAUACAAUUUUGGACAGAAAGGGACGGUGAAAAUAAUAUGAUCGAAGAACAAGUUGGUUCUGAUACCACAACUGUUGAAAUUAAUAAGUUUAUACCUAACUCUAAACACUUUGUACGCAUACUGGCUCACAAUAGUCGUUUUAACGGUCCUUUUAGCCCGUUAAUAACGUUUGAUACUCCAGAGGGAGUUCCUGGACCAGUGCAUGGCGUUGAAGCGGAACAGUGGGGAUCGUCGGCAAUUCUGUUGAGUUGGAAGCCCCCAGAACAAUCAAAUGGAGUGUUAACCGGAUAUGCUAUUGUGUAUCGAACCAUGAACCAAGAAGGAGUUGUCGGCAAUACGGACGAUAGACCUUUGAUAAAAAAUCCAGAGCAGACAAGUGCUAAAUUAGCUGCACUAAAACCGGGAACAAAUUAUCGAAUCUACAUCAAAGCAACAACUAAAGCUGGUUUUGGAGAACCGUUCUUCAUUGAACAACAAACCAAACCUGCAUUGCCAGAAGGCACUCUUUUAGACAAACCCGAGUUUAGUCAUGAACACAUGGCAACAAAUAAUGUUUUUGAUACAGUUCGCAUAACUUGGUUUCCAAAACUUGAUGGUAAUCCUGGAUCGCAUUUCUUUGUCAAGUACAGACUCAAAGGCGACACAUUAUUUGAAGAAACGCUGCCAGAACUUGAUAAAGACUUCAUCGAUGUAAAGGGUUUAAAACCUGGGGAAUUGUAUGAGUUUAUAGUUGUUGCUGUAGAUGGGGAAACAACUAGACAGUCUGACCCGGUUGAAAUCGAAGCAUCAAGCACUGAUCCGAUUAUUAGAAGAAGCGAGAAUAUGGCAACGACUGGAUGGUUUAUUGGAAUGUUAUUGGCAUUACUUUUCCUUAUUAUUUUACUCAUUAUCGUCUGUAUGGUUAAACGUAACAGAGGAGGAAAAUAUGUUGUCCACGAAUCUGAAGCAGCUAGAGGACGACACGAUUAUCCUGAUGAACCACAUUUCCAAGAAUACUCUCAGCCACUCGGUGGUAAAAGACACGGCAGUGAAAAACAAUCUCCGGAAAGUGACACUGAUUCAAUAAUAGAGUUUGGCGAAGGAGAUACAGCCCAAUUUACCGAGGAUGGAUCAUUCAUCGGUCAAUAUGGUACAGCUAGAAAAAAUCGUCAACAGCAGUCGCUUCAUCAACAACAACCGACUCUUGAAGCUGUUACUGGUUUGUCCUCUACUGCCACAUACGUGUAAUAGCUCUUAAAAUUGCUAUUUAUAUGACAUUAAAAAAAUAUAUAUCCAAUUAGGCUGCUCUUUAUGUACUAUUUUGACGCAUUUUUAACAAUUCUUGCCUACCUACCUAACCCUUAAACCAAAGCUUGUCAUUUCAGUAUUAUUAUAUUUUAUAUUAAUUGACAAAUGACGCUUGAGAUUAUUAUAAUUAUUAUUAUAAAAGCUAUUACUGUCUUUUUUAAAAAAAAAAAAAAACUUGGUUGUAUUUUUAUGUAACGUAUGUGUUAAUCUAUAUAUCAUUAGCAUUUCUGUAUCUGUGAUAAAGUCAUAUUAUGCUUAUAAAAAUAAUUAAAUAGUAGAGGUAAAAAAGAAUGUUUUCUCAUUUCACCGUUAAUUUUUAUAUACUACAAUUAAUAAUACAAGCAUUUAUUGUCAUCUAUAAUAAACUACCCUGCCGAAUUUAUUUUCCGUGUAUAGAUUUUAAACAAAAUAAUGCUAAACAAAUUUUAACUUGAGAGUUAUUAGUUUCAAAUCUUAAGUCGUUGUUGUUGUAGCCAACUCUUGUUUGAUUCAAAUAUUAUGCACGCUAUGCCUGCGCUUCAUUUUACACCUAUUUGAGUAUUUGUUAUGUUAUGUAUAGAUUCUAAUUAUUUUAUUCUCUUUAGUAUGUAUUAUUAUGUUUACACUAUUUGAAAGCUAAUUUUUCUUUUGAUGGCGUCAUUAUAAUUUUUUUUUUCAAAUUCUAAAAUAUUUAAUAUUGCUAAAGUAAAACCCAUUAAAUUAACAUCACACAAAAGCGUUAACGAUUUAAUAGAUAUAACUAUUUUAAAAAUAUUUAUGUUUUAUUUUUAUAAAAUUUAAUUUUUUACAAUAGUAUUUUAUUUUGAGAACAAUAAUAUAUUUUUGAUCAAAAGAAUUUACCCUCAUUUUUUCACUGCCUAUAAUAAUAAAUAUAGAUAUAGAAACCCUAAUCUUGUUAUUAUAUUUAUAUAAGUAUUUUUUUUUUCCUAUAAUGAACACAUGCAUUCCAUUAAUGU